AUGUAUUCGAAAGGUGUCUGUGAUCAUUGCCAAACGUGCUCUCCUGGUCAAUGCCCUUGUGUGGUAGAUAAGCCCUGUUUUCCGGAAGUAGAAUGUCGUAACAUUUUAUAUGAUAACGGCACUUCAACAUUUGCAUGUGGCAAAUGCCCAGUUGGCUUCACUGGAGAUGGAAUCAAUUGUACCGAUAUUAACGAGUGUGCAGCAGGAACAUUUUGCUAUGAUCAAGCCAAUUGUAUCAAUUUCGCUCCUGGUUUUGCUUGUGCAAGCUGUCCAUUAGGCAUGACUGGAGAUCAACCUUCAGGCAUCGGUGUCGAUUACGCCUUGUCUCACAAGCAGACCUGUACCGAUAUUGACGAAUGUGCUCUCGGGGAACAUGUUUGUGUGCCAAAUGCUUAUUGUAAUAAUACUAUUGGAGGAUAUCUAUGUGGUAAUUGCUACGCUGGUUACUUUGGUAAUGGAUAUACUGGCUGCAUAUUUGGUGACUUUUGCACCAGUAAGAAGGACAAUUGCGAUGGAAAUGCUACGUGUAUUUUUACAGGAAUGGGAACAUUCUGCAAUCCUGGUUAUGCUGGUAAUGGUGUACAUUGUGGACAGGACGAUGACGCUGAUGGCUUUCCAAUCGCUUACGUUUACUGUCAUGACCGCGGUUGCCAGGCUGACAACUGUCCGAUCGUUCCAAAUAGUGGCCAAGAAGAUGUUGAUGGAGAUACUUUAGGCAAUACUUGCGAUUUUGACGAUGAUAAUGAUCUUAUACUAGAUAUUACUGAUAAUUGCCCAUUGGUCGCAAACACUGAUCAGACAGACUCUGAUGGCGAUGGAGUUGGUGAUGCUUGUGAUAACUGUGUGUCUACUUCUAAUCCUUCGCAGUUAGACAGCGAUAAUGACGGUGUUGGUGACGAUUGUGAUAGUGACAAAGAUAACGACGGAAUUGCUAAUGGCAGUGAUAAUUGCGAAGUUGUUGCUAAUCCUUCACAAACAAAUUCUGAUGGAGAUGCUUUUGGUGACGCUUGUGAUAAUUGUCCGUCGACUUCCAAUCCAACUCAGGCUGACACCAAUAUGAAUGGUGUUGGAGAUGCUUGCGAUUGUGCGAGUUUAGGUUAUUUGUGCGAUAGAGAUGGUGAUGGAAUUAUAAACACCAUUGACAAUUGUAUCAACAAUCCUAAUCCAUCACAAAUUGAUACAGAUGGCGACGGCUUAGGAGAUGAGUGCGAUCCGGACGCAGACAAUGACGGAAUCAGUAAUGCGUUAGAUAACUGCCGCUUAUUAGCUAAUGCUGAUCAAAAUGAUACCAAUUCCGCAUCACCGGAAGGCGAUGCAUGCGACCCUGAUUUUGAUGGUGAUGGAAUCAAUGAUGAUCAAGACUCUUGCUUCUAUAAUAAGUUUUAUAUGCAUACCAAUUUCACAAGACACCAGGUUAUAUCAUUAGGAGUCACUAAUACACCAGCGGCAGUAUUUACAAUAACUGAUCAAGGCUCUGAAAUAACUCAAACUAACGCUUCAUCGCUGCCCUUUAUCUUAGUUGGAUAUGAUCAGUUUACAGCCGUCAACUUUACUGGUACUCUGUAUGUCAAUACUCAAGAAUCGCGUAAUUACAUCGGUUUUGUGUUUGGAUACCAAAACAAUCGUCAAUUUUAUGUCGUUAUGUGGCGCCAUAAAAAUAUUAACUAUCAAGGCGGCUCAACUCCACCUGAAGCUGGUAUUAAAGGAAUUCAAAUUAAGCGAGUUAAUUCUACUACUGGUCCAAGCAAUGCUCUUGCACAGGCAUUGUUUGACACAUACACUACUGCAAAUCAAGUUAAGUUAUUGUGGCAAGAUCCAGCCAUGAGAGGUUGGGAACACGAAGUAGCAUACUCCUUCCAUCUGGUCCACCGACCAUCUCUGGGGCUAAUUCGGGUCUGGAUAUACCAUGGCGCAACUCUAUUAACGGACUCAGGAAAUGUUUUUGAUACCUCAUACUCGGGUGGCCGAUUGGGAGCGUUUGUUUACAAUCAACCUGGAGUUAUUUGGUCGCGAUUAUCGUAUAAAUGUAUAGACCGGUGA